AUGGCAAGGAUCACGCUCGGAGCUGCUUACGGAACAGCAAAGUCAGGCACAGGCAUUGCGGCCAUGUCCGUAAUGAGGCCGGAGCUGAUCAUGAAGUCGAUCAUUCCGGUCGUCAUGGCCGGCAUUAUUGCGAUUUAUGGUCUGGUGGUGGCUGUUAUUAUCGCCCAGGCAGUGAAGCAAGUACCGGAGUACACACUUUUCAACGGAUUCUGUGGCUUUGGAGCUGGUGUUGCUGUUGGUCUGAGCGGCUUGGCAGCUGGGUACGCAAUUGGAGUCGUCGGCGAUGCUGGAGUUCGAGGGACGGCGCAGCAGCCGAGAUUGUUCGUCGGCAUGAUUCUGAUUCUGAUCUUUGCCGAAGUCUUAGGUCUCUAUGGAUUGAUCGUGGCACUUGUUCUGAGCACCAAGUGA